AUGCCUGAAAAUAGGAAUAAUUCAUCAAAUCAUUCAAAAAACCCUCAGAGAAGAUUAUUUUCUUUUUUAAGCACAAGAAACAGGGAGGCAAUUGAGGUGGCUCUUGAAAUAGAAUACAAUGAAAGAACAAAAGUCACAUCUGCUUCGAAAAUAUAUUCUGCCCAAAGUGUAAAUGACAUGGUGGCAGAAUGGAGUGAAACGAUUGUUUUUGAAUUUUAUCCAAAACUAAGAACAGAAAUAUGUUUUCGUUGUUGGGAUAAAUCUAAAGGUCCUAGAGACCGUAUUGGUGAUGCUAAGGAAGAUUUAAAAAAUAUUGAAAUAUUCAGUAAUGAAAACCAUAAAGUCACUCGCGAAUUAUUCAAAGGUGAAAAGAAAGUAGGUGAAAUAUCAUUUGAAGUGUACUUUUUGUCUAAGGUGUACAGUAAUCCGCUACAUCUAGAUGAAAAAAUUGGUGUGCUUUUGAUAAAUGAUAUAAGAUGUGAAGGAGUAAAUAAAGAGAAAAAUUUUAAUUUUCUCUUGGAAUUUUCAAUAAAUGAAUCAAAAGCAUAUCAGACCAUUAGCUACCAAAAAAUAGUUUAUGAUAGAUGGAAGUACCCUGUGGCUAUUUUGUUAAAAAGUACGCCGGAAAUUAAUCUUAUACUGCGUUGCAGAUAUAGGGACAAUGUUUUUUUCAACUCGAAGAUUGAACUUGCUAAAGGUUCUGUUAAAGAAAGUACUGGUUUGCUUUGGCAAAGACUAAUGCAAAGUACUGUUAUAAAAGCUCCAUUUUCUGAAAAUAAUGGUGUCAAAAUCACAUUAUCGAUAUCUUGUCAUGAGCUACUCUCGUUAAAACAUUUAUUUGAAAAUUACAACGAGAAUCCAAUUCCGACGCCUGUUAGAAGAAGUCGUUCUACUUUUGAGAAACCCGAUCGCCUUUCAGAAGGCAAUUCAUUUUAUCCACCCAUACCAAGAUCCAAACGAUCAUUGCAACAAAUACCAAAUUACAAAAUUGUCUGUAAUCAACUUUCUACUUCACCAAAUUCAUUAUUUAAUGAUAAUUGCAAAGAAACUCCUUCAAAAAAAUAUGAAACUUUACCUGCUACUAAUAAUAGAACUAGUAAUUACAGUGAUAUUAGCAAUGGUAGUAAUAGUACCACUAGCAGAAAAACUAGUCUAGAUAGUCUAGAUAAAAAAAGUGAUGUCAGUGAGACUAGGAAACAUGCAAUAAAUGGUGAUAUUGUUGUGAUCAAAAUAUUUAAUCAAAAACAUCCUUGGAAAAACGAUGUACAUUUCCUUCGUACUUGUAGUACUUACAAGUCGAGGAAAAGUAUCGUAAAAUUUGAAGAUAUGGAAGAAUUAGGAACUGAAAAUUUUGUUUCUGUUACCAGAUACUUUGGCAGGACAUUAGACUCUGAGCUUUCUAAGCUCAGAGAUCCAAUGCUCCUGAAACUUGUGUUUAACGAGAUUACAAAGGGCUUGAAUUAUCUCCAUACCAACAAUAUUGUCCACAAUAAUCUCAAGCCUUCCAAUAUUCUCCUGAAGGAGAAUAAGAUAUACAAAGUUAAAUUGUGCGACUUCGAAUUCGCACGUAAUGUGGGCGAACUAGUUCAAAAUGAGGAUGGAUCUCAUUGCGUAAAUACGGGAUUCUCGCCACCAGAAAUCGCCAAAAAUCAUAAAAAUCUCAAAGCAGAUUUGUCAGCUGAUUGUUUCAGUCUCGGAGCAAUAUUAUAUUAUUUGUUGGCGAAGAAGAAACUAUACACGACAAUUGAUGAACUGGACAGCCUAGCUGUUGAUCGGUUUGAAUAUUUUGAAUAUGAAAUCAAAGAAAAAUCCGCCAUCAAACUUUUGUCAAUGAUGUUGAACCCGGCCGCAAAUAAGCGGCCCAAGGUAGAAAUGAUACUAGAAUCUACCUAUUUUAAAGGAGGAGACGGUGACCCAGGUGGUUCUGUAAAAGAUAUACAAAAAAUGAUUUAUAAUCUUCACAAAAAAACCAUUCCAACAAGCAUCAUGGUACUACCUGCUAAAAAAUCCGAGCAAAUAAUACCACCAAUAAAACAAUGGGGCAAAGAUACAUUUGAAUUAUUUUUGCUCUGUGAAGGUUUAGGACUUUAUAAUGAUUUUCCAGCACAUAUCACUGAUCAUCCUGGAUACAAAAUACAUGAGCCAACAUCAUUUUUUAGACAUUCGGCAAAAGCAUUGGCGGUGUCUAUCGGGAUAUUACAAGCAGGACUGAUAAUUGGAACUGGAACUGGCGAUCUCAAACUUUUUGAAGCUGCCGGGUCUAUCUGGAAAUCAAGCGAAAAGAAAUUAGAUAAGUUUAAAAAACUAAAAAAAUUUAUUGAAGAUAACAAUAUCGGCUCUAGCAAAUUGGAACAAGUUUUAAACAAGUAUGAUAAAACUAGCACAUAUGGUAGUUUAAGUUUAGUUAUAUUGAAGGAGACUGCAGAUGUUAAAUGGUGUAAAGGACUCAAAUUGAAUUCCAGCACAGAUGUAGAUACACCAGUUGAAGUCCAACGGUCCAAGUCUUUCAUGCUUAGAAUUGUAAAUGCAGGAUCCCUCUUUGAUCAUAUUCCAAUGUGA